AUGGCGACAAAAGCGAACUCCAUCCCUCAUCGUACAGUUGUCGAGGGCAUCCAUAAUCGCUGGCACCCCGAUAUCCCCCCGUUCGCGACUGUUAAACCGGGCGAGGUGUUCAAGAUCCAAUGUGUCGACUGGACGGGGGCUCAGAUCGGUAACAACGAUAACAGCGACGACAUCCGCGACGUCGACCUGACCAAGAUCCAUAACCUCUCGGGGCCCGUGGCCGUCGAGGGCGCCGAACCGGGCGAUUGUCUUGUUGUGGAUAUUUUGGACGUGACGCCGUUUGAGAAGAUGCCGUGGGGAUAUACGGGCAUCUUCGAGCUGAAUAACGGUGGUGGACUUUUCGCGAAAGAGUUCCAAUCCCGCGCGGCGAAGGCGAUCUGGGAUUUCCAUGGCGUGUAUGCUACGUCUCGUCAUAUUCCCGGCGUCCGCUUCGCAGGCGUCUCCCACCCCGGCCUCAUCGGCACCGCGCCGUCCGCCGAGCUCCUCGCUACGUGGAAUAAACGCGAGGGAGAGCUGAUUAGAGUUGAGAAGGAGAAGAAUGGGGGGGUUGUCCCCGCGGUCGCGUUCGCCCCUCUCCCGACAGGUGCAUACGUAGACCAAGACAACCUCCCAGAAGAAGUUGCCAAGAAAAUAGCGGCGGAGGGCGCGAGGACGAUCCCCGGGAGAGAACAUGGUGGGAAUUGUGAUAUCAAGAACCUCUCGCGCGGCUCACGGUGCUAUUUCCCCGUCUUUGUGGAUGGGGCGAAUCUCUCGGUUGGAGAUUUGCAUUUCUCGCAGGGUGAUGGUGAACUAUCGUUCUGCGGUGCUAUCGAGAUGGCCGGUAUCAUCACCCUCAGCACGUCCAUUAUCAAAGGCGGAGUGGAGAAAUUCGCGUUGAAGCAGCCCAUCUUCCUCCCCUCGCCCAUCGACCCGAUGUACUCCUCCAAACUCGUAUUCGAGGGCAUCAGCGUUGACAUCCAUGGAGACGGGAAGCAGUAUAAUAUGGAUGCGACGGUGGCGUAUAAACAGGCCGCGCUGAACGCGAUUGCGUAUCUCAUGAAGGCGAAGCUAACCCAGAAUCAAUAUUUUCUCCUCUUUGCUUUGGCUCCAGACCUCCUCCUCUCCGCCGCCCCCGUCGAAUCCCACGUCGGCGCCGUCGUCGACUCUCCAAACGCAUGCGUCACCCUCGCCCUCCCGCUAGGCAUAUUCGACUUCGAUAUCCUCCCGAAGGCGGAAGGCCUAAUUAAGCAUGAUCUUGGGCAGUGUGCUGUUCGGACUGACGGCGUGCUCUAG